GUAAAGGUUGCUGACCCCUGCCCUAGACUAUAAAUAUUGAUUUUUAUAUACACAGAUCUGUAUUUCAAGCAAUGGCUCGUGUCUCUUAAUUUCCUGUUGAAAUCUAUAAUCCCCAGCAAGAAUCUUGCUAAAAAAAACCUAUAGAUAAAGAUGUUUGCGCUGGUUAUGUAAUGGUGGGUGUAGCGUCCAGUCUUAGUUUUAACCCUUCAUUAAUCGGGGCAGAGAAUGAGGUGCAUUAAACUUUGAUUUUUUCUUUAUUCCAACUCUUCAGUCCAAAUCAUGCAAUCAACGGGCAAAAUCCCCUUCUACCAUCAGGCAACUUCUUUGUGACAAGAUCGCUGCUUUAAAAUGGGCUGAAAUAUCUAUAAAGAAGUACUUUUUAUCGUUGUAAUUAAGGAAAUUUACAAAGUACUUUUUUAGUACACUUUUUAUUCUUUUUUUUCACUUCAAUACAUAUUUGAUGUACACAUUGAAGAAUGGUACUCUGUUUUCAAAAGGUAAGAAUAACAGAAGACACCACCUUGUGCUGUUAUGUCAGUUUUGCUUUGGACCCUUUUUUAAUCACAUAAGGAAAAGAACUGUACUUAAGUACAAUUUUGAGGUACUUUUACUCCGCUAUAUUUAUCUGAUAAGUUGCUUUCCAGAUUCAAAUUAAUAAUACUAAAUAUAAUAGAAACAUUAUAUCAGUAUAAGUACUUUUACUUAAGUAAAUAUUUGAAAGCAUGACUUUCACUUGUAACAGAGUAUUUCUACACUUUGGUAUUACUACUUUUAUUUAAGUAAACUAACUGUGAGAAAGCUUUAUAAUAAAAGCUUGUCACACGUAUUUUGAUACCAUAACUCUUUGCUUUUUUUACUUGUCUUACAUAUAGAACGCACAAUGUACUACUGGGUACUACCGAGGUUUAGUAUAUAUUCAACACAUAUUUAGAGUCUAAUAUGAUCCUUUGGUUUUAGUUCUAUUCUUUCUCUCUAUUCUCAUAUUGUAUUUCAUUAUUAUUCCCUGAUCUCAUUUGUGAUUUUAAAUCAAGUAAUUUGGUAUCCCUGGACGAAUUCAAGACUAUUGUAAAUCUUACAUUAAAUGACUCCCUUCUUAAUUUGGCUCUGUUCCUGGUUUAUUUUUGACUUAUUGUUAUAUUUUUUUUAUCUAUUGUAUGGAUUUGUCUUCCUCGCAAAAGAAGUUUCCAGCCCGAAUGGCAAAAAAACAAUUAAAAAGUGAGUGACAUGACUGCUGUGACACUGCAAUUUCUAAUUGUGAUUAAUAAAGUAGCCUACUCCACCUACCUCUCACAUUUAACUUGAGUAGUUUUCAACAAAAAAAAUAAUGAAUUUCACUUCUAUUUGCGUAAGUCAAGUAACAGUACUUGAUAUUUCUACACUUCUGCUUUAUAAUAAACAUUACGCAAAAUAAUGUCCAUUAAUCUUACAUCAUAGCACAGUGUUUCAGUGCUCUCCAUAAAACAAAACGGGGACAUUAAUCCUGUCGCUUGACUGCCACCUGCUGAUGGAGAAGCGCAACUCAUCCACAGAGUCUUACAAGGGUUUAAUAGGUUGCAUUCAAUCAGCCAGAGUCUCCACUCCUCCAUCCACCAACUCCGGACCCACAAGGCUUCUAUCUCAAAGUCUCCAGAUUGGUGCACGGCUGCUUAUCAGUGGCCGACUACUAACAAACACCAUUGUCUGGGUACAAGCCAAAGGACAAAACUGAACAGUACAUCGCUGCAGCAACAGAAGGAGGAAGAGGAGGAGGAGGAGGAGGAGGAGGAGGAGGAGGAGGGAAGCACUUGUAUAAAGUCACAGGGCUGCAUAUGUAGGGCCACACUGACAGAGAGACUCCACACUGACAGAGAGACUCCACACUGACAGAGAGACUCCACACUGACUCCUCUGCGCUCCUGUGUGAAUCUCUGAGGACAAGGAUUGAUACACUGGAUGAUUAUUUUACCACUUCUGGAGGAUUAUUAAUUUUCUUAAGCAGUAUUUUGUUUUAGAAGAGCCUGGAGAAAUGGAUUCAUACAUUUUGAUCUCCGUGUUUUCAGUGAUGAACUCCUGGAUUUUGUGCACAGUGCUAUCAGCGCCAGCUGGAGAGACACCCACAGCCUCCACCACCAACACCGACACCCAGCAGCAGCAGCAGCAGCAGCAGCAGCAGCAGCAGCAGCGGAGCCAUGUGCGGACCAAGCGCUGCUCCUGCGCCAAUUUCCUGGACAAUGAGUGCAUCUACUUCUGCCACCUGGACAUCAUAUGGGUCAACACACCUGAGCGCAUGGUCUCAUACGGACUGGGCAACUCUCCCAGAACAAGGCGCGCUGUGGCGGAGUCCUUGGCAACCAGCAGCGGACCUCGCUGCCAGUGUUUACACCAAAAAGACAACACCUGUAGAAACUUCUGCCACCUGGAAAACAGCGUCCUCAGGUAUGAAACACCGCCAGACGCGCUGAUCCGCUCCGCCGAGGGCGAUGCUUGUGCUGGAGCGCAGUGCAAACAAAUGCUGGCAGCCGACACAGGCAGGAUUAAGAGGAUGAGGAACAGCAACAAGAAACGGGUGUCCCCUCUAGCCAUCAGGGCCGCCGUGAAAACCAGUAUGCUGCUCAAGAAGUGGAGGGCGAGACAGCGCCGCAGGGCGAGAUCAUGGGAGGGCGAGAGCACGGCCUCCUAAAGACGACACGCAACACCUCCGAGCCUUGUCGUACAGAGGGUUUCAUAAGCCCUUCUCUAAAGCCACCGGGGAGCCCCGUGGGAGACAAUGGAGAAGCCCCCAAUGAGGUUGGCGAACGUGCUCCAUGUUGGCUUCGUGGCUGCGGCGUCAGAGCAUUCACAACUGGACUUGGUUGCACUUCAUGAGACACAUGAACCAGGUCAGAGACAAUACAGGGAGUUCAGGUGAAAGGAGAUAAGCUGAACUUGGCCUCGGUCUGCAAAAAUCAAGGACAUUCAUGUUGUAUAGGGGUCACGGUCGGACCCAAAAUACACCACCAAAUAGCAUUUCAAAAGCUUGACAUUACCGGAAGGAUUUAACAUAAAUCCCUGUUACAGAAAAUAAAAAUCGCUGCCGUAUAUGAACAAAGGCAGUCCUGCUCAUAUUUCAAAAUGCAAAAACAGACUGUUAUACAAGACAUACUGUACAAUAGAAGGGAUUAUGUGCCUUGUGUCACUGCUUUAGACCAGACAUUUUUCCACUGACUGAAACUAUUUACCACAUUUUACGUAACAGGUUGUCUCCUGUGUGUCAGGUCAUUGUAGCUAUGCAGUACAGUAGCUAGUAGCAGUACAGUUAUCAUCUUUGCAUUUGUCAUAAUUUAAUUAUUUUUUCACUGAAUAUGUUGUGUUCUAUUUAUUUAUUCUUUUUACAGAUCAUGUAAUUUGAUUGGCCACAUUGGUCCGUCACAUGUUCGGUAUUUGUCAUUUCUAUGAAAUGUUUUGUCACCAAGGUGCCAAAUUUUGGCCAAACUUAAAUAAAUUUGUUCACAAUUAUUUAAAAACAA